GAGACAUGGCCAGAAAGGCUCUCAAGCUUGCUUCAUGGACCAGCAUGGCUCUUGCUGCCUCUGGCAUCUACCUCUACAGUAACAAGUACUUGGACCCUAAUGACUUUGGCGCUGUCAGGGUGGGCAGAGCAGUUGCUACGACGGCUGUCAUCAGUUAUGACUACCUCACUUCCCUGAAGAGUGUCCCCUAUGGCUCAGAGGAGUACUUGCAGCUGAGAUCUAAGGUGCACCUUCGCUCUGCCAGGCGUCUCUGUGAGCUCUGCUGUGCCAACCGGGGCACCUUCAUCAAGGUUGGCCAGCACCUGGGGGCACUGGACUACCUGUUGCCAGAGGAGUACACCAGCACGCUGAAGGUCCUGCACAGCCAGGCCCCACAGAGCAGCAUGCAAGAGAUCCGCCAGGUCAUCCGAGAGGAUCUGGGCAAGGAGAUCCAUGAUUUGUUCCAGAGCUUCGAUGACACCCCUCUGGGGACCGCCUCCCUGGCCCAGGUCCACAAGGCAGUGCUGCAUGAUGGGCGGACAGUGGCCGUGAAGGUCCAGCACCCAAAGGUGCGGGCUCAGAGCUCGAAGGACAUUCUCCUGAUGGAGGUGCUCAUUCUGGCUGUGAAGCAGCUAUUCCCAGAGUUUGAGUUUAUGUGGCUUGUGGAUGAAGCCAAGAAGAACCUGCCUUUGGAGCUGGAUUUCCUCAAUGAAGGGAGGAAUGCUGAGAAGGUGUCCCAGAUGCUCAAGCAUUUUGACUUCUUGAAGGUCCCCCGAAUCCACUGGGACCUGUCCACGGAGCGGGUCCUCCUGAUGGAGUUUGUGGACGGCGGGCAGGUCAAUGACAGAGACUACAUGGAGAGGAACAAGAUCGACGUCAAUGAGAUCUCACGCCACCUGGGCAAGAUGUAUAGUGAGAUGAUUUUCGUCAAUGGCUUCGUGCACUGCGAUCCCCACCCCGGCAAUGUACUGGUGCGGAAGCACCCUGGCACGGGAAAGGCGGAGAUUGUCCUGUUGGACCAUGGGCUUUACCAGGUGCUCACGGAAGAAUUCCGCCUGAAUUACUGCCACCUCUGGCAGUCUCUGAUCUGGACUGACAUGAAGAGAGUGAAGGAGUACAGCCAGCGCCUGGGAGCCGGGGAUCUCUACCCCUUGUUUGCCUGCAUGCUGACAGCGCGGUCAUGGAACUCAGUCAACAGAGGCAUCAGCCAAGCUCCUGUCACUGCCACUGAGGACUUAGAGAUUCGCAACAACGCGGCCAACUACCUCCCCCAGAUCAGCCAGCUCCUCAACCACGUGCCGCGCCAGAUGCUGCUCAUCUUAAAGACCAAUGACCUGCUGCGUGGCAUCGAGGCCGCCCUGGGCACCCGUGCCAGCGCCAGCUCCUUUCUCAACAUGUCACGUUGCUGCAUCAGAGCACUAGCCGAGCACAAGAAGAAGAACACCUGUUCAUUCUUCAGAAGAACCCAGAUCUCUUUCAGAGAGGCCUUCAACUUAUGGCAGAUCAACCUCCAUGAGCUCAUCCUGCGUGUGAAGGGGUUGAAGCUGGCUGACCGGGUCUUGGCCCUAAUAUGCUGGCUGUUCCCUGCUCCACUCUGAUUGGAAUUGCUCUCCCUGCCCCAUUCUGGUGUCUUUCCACUCCUCAGCCCCUCAUCCUGCCUCCACCCAGCUGCUCCAUUUUUGCCACAUGGUGGCCUGCAGCCCCAGAGUCACUGUCCAUGUCACCAUCCUUCUCCUCUUUUGGAAUCCUCUCUGCAUACUGUGGCCCUUAUCUCAGGGCCCACAGGCUGAACUGUGGCAUAGCUCUCUCUUCUUCUCCAAGAAGACUCAGCAGCCUACAUUCCCACUCCUGGUAUGUGCCAUUGGGUUGGAUGUCCCCACUACUUCCAUUAACCCUUCCCAUUGCCAAGACGUGCCACGGGUGCCACUGGGGGCACACUGAACUUGUAGGGAGUUUGAUUUUGUUGGAGGUGAACAUGGUCUCUGAACUUGACAGAGAACAGCUUCCCUUUCCUAGCCAUGUCACCCUCCAAAGGAAGUCACACCUCAGCGAGGUGGUUUGGCAUCUGGGGCCGACUCCAUUGCAGCCAUGAGCUCACUGCUGUCAGUGACCUUUGGUGUUUUCUGUACUGUUUCAAUAAAAACUCCUUCAAGGUUG